CUAUUAGCAUUUUAUCCUCAAAUCUAAAACCCCAAAUUCUCUUACUUCAAAUUACCACCAACAAAAAAUUUCAAAAAUAAACCAACAAAAACAAUGACGAAAAUCGAUUUCCUCCGCCGCAUCCUCCUCGGUUGCUUCACAAUCCCAACCCCAUCAACAACCUCAACACUACCAACAACCACCAAGAAACGCCUCAGCACGUCCUUACGAGACGACAUCGUUUUCGGUUCUUUCGACAACACUCAAGAUUCACCUUCUUGUUCCUCCCCAACUUCUACUAGCAGCGAUACAGACAGCAUAAUCACCCAAUUCGCCCCACCACGCCCUUCCAAAUCCAUGGUUAUCUGCACUUUCUUCGGCCACCGCGGCGGCCACCACGUGUUCUUCUGUGUCCAAACCAACCGAAUUUCACCCAAACCCUCCCUCCUUCUAGAACUUUCUAUUUCCACCCGAAAUCUCGUCAAAGAGAUGGGAUAUGGGGUUCUUCGAAUCGCAUUGGAAUGUAAGAGUUCUGAAUUGGGUUCUUGUCCUUUACAUUUGGUUCCUGUUUGGACAUUGUUCUGUAAUGGCCGAAGAGUUGGGUUCGCUACUCGUCGGAAGGCGAAUACAGAGAUUCGAGAGUUGUUGAAGAAGAUGCAGAGUAUUACAAUGGGUGCUGGUGUAAUUCUGGAUAAUAAAGAGAUUGAAGGAGAAAAUGAGAAAGAAAGAAGGGAGGUAAUGUAUAUGAGGGCUAAUUAUGAUUGGGUAAUUGGGGGUGCUGAUUCUGAAUCUUUUCAUUUGAUUAAUGGAAUUGAUGAAUCUUCUAGUCAAGAACUUAGCGUUUUCUUGCUCAGAUCUGUGUAACCCAUCAAUCAAGAUCAUGAUAUAUACUGUAAUGGAGAAUCAUUUGAUGGUUGAUGAUUGAUGAACUAACUGAAUUAGGGUAUUGUUGUAAUUUUUUAGGGGUUAUGAAAUACUGACCAGGGUUUUCAAUGGGGUGAAGGUAGUGUCCAUAGUGCAAAAAUACUGCUCACGGUUGCGGUAACGGUCGUAAUAUAAAUGAUUUCACAGUUAAACGGUAAAUUCAAAAAUCUUACAGUACGACUAUGAUAUGGUAUUGUAAUGGAGUCUUUGUUUUUGCACUAUACAUGGUAAUGUCUACAGAGAAAGGAGGUAAUUGAAAACCGUGCAAUUUAAUGGUAGUUUAGAGUUUUUCAAUUUCUUAUUGAAAUUUUAACCAAUUCUAUUGUAUUUGUUCCAUUAAGCUCAUUAUAUUUGUUCCUUUUAGAUAGGGUUUUUAUUUGAAACAAAAAGAAAC